CGAGAACGCCGGCCGAUCUCCGGCUGUGAGCGACCGGCGCCCGCUGGGGCACGGCCGGGGCUCCACGCUCUCCCGCGUUCCCAGCGCCCCGCCGGAGUUCGCUCCCCCCCUUGGCCCCUCGGAAUGGUUCGGCCCGCGGCCCGGCCCGGUCUCUGAGAGGCCGCGGCCGCCAUUUUGUGCGGCGGCGGGUAGAGUGCGGUGGAGGAGGUGCUGAGGAGUUCUUGGGACAUUGCUCCCUUCCCUGGCCGUAACUUCUAGCGAAGAUGUCGGAGUAUAUCCGGGUGACGGAGGACGAGAACGAUGAGCCCAUCGAAAUCCCGUCGGAGGACGACGGCACGGUGCUGUUGUCCACGGUGACAGCGCAGUUCCCCGGGGCGUGCGGGCUGCGCUACAGAAACCCGGUGUCGCAGUGCAUGCGAGGAGUCCGGCUGGUCGAGGGCAUCCUGCACGCCCCCGAGGCCGGCUGGGGAAACCUCGUCUACGUCGUGAAUUAUCCCAAAGAUAAUAAGAGAAAAAUGGAUGAAACCGAUGCAUCAUCAGCUGUGAAAGUGAAACGAGCAGUGCAGAAGACUUCAGAUUUAAUAGUCUUGGGUCUUCCCUGGAAAACCACUGAACAAGACUUAAAGGAAUAUUUCAGUACCUUUGGAGAAGUUCUGAUGGUGCAGGUUAAGAAGGAUAUUAAAACAGGCCACUCUAAAGGUUUUGGGUUUGUUCGGUUCACGGAUUACGAAACCCAAGUGAAAGUAAUGUCUCAGCGUCACAUGAUCGAUGGAAGAUGGUGUGACUGUAAACUUCCCAACUCUAAGCAAAGCCCCGAUGAGCCUUUGCGCAGCAGGAAGGUGUUUGUUGGACGCUGCACCGAGGACAUGACGGCAGAUGAGCUCCGACAGUUCUUUGCCCAGUAUGGGGAGGUGGUAGAUGUCUUCAUUCCUAAACCCUUCCGAGCUUUUGCUUUUGUUACGUUUGCAGAUGAUCAGGUUGCCCAGUCUCUUUGUGGAGAGGACUUGAUCAUUAAAGGAAUCAGCGUACAUAUAUCCAAUGCUGAACCUAAACACAAUAGCAGUAGACAGUUAGAGAGAGGUGGAAGAUUUGGUGGUAACCCGGGAGGCUUUGGGAAUCAGGGGGGAUUUGGUAACAGUAGAGGAGGUGGGGGAGGACUGGGCAAUAACCAGGGCAGCAACAUGGGCGGGGGUAUGAACUUCGGGGCCUUUAGCAUCAACCCUGCCAUGAUGGCAGCAGCGCAGGCUGCCCUGCAGAGCAGCUGGGGGAUGAUGGGCAUGCUGGCCAGCCAGCAGAACCAGUCAGGGCCCUCGGGAAACAACCAGCCUCAGGGCAACAUGCAGCGGGAGCAGAACCAGGGUUUUAGUUCAGGCAACAACUCGUACGGAGGGUCCAACUCGGGGGCAGCCAUAGGCUGGGGCUCAGCCUCCAACCCAGGCUCCAGCAGUGGGUUUAACGGGGGCUUUGGUUCAAGCAUGGAUUCCAAGUCAUCAGGCUGGGGAAUGUAGACGCAGUGGGCUCUGAUACUGACUCUAUGGUGGGAAAUCAAAUUUUUCUAACUCAUGGUAAGUAUACUGUAAAUUACGUAUAUGCUAAAGUUUUCCAAAUGAAUUUGUUCAGUGUGCAGUAUAUUCAGCAGUAUUUUUGACAUUUUUCUUUUCUAAAAAAAAAAGAAAAAAAAGAAAAAGAAAAGAAAGGUAAAAGGAAUUUUCUAAGUUUUGUUACAUAUCUAGUUGGAAUUCUGAAUGUUUGGAAGUGGACUGCUGUUUGCCCGAUAGGUGAACUAACACUACAGUCUAUAGGAAAGGUUUCUCCUGUAAUACUUUACCCCUUGUUUCCCGGCUACCUGAAUUCUUUGCAUGUUCAAAAUGGAACCAUUGGUCAGAAACAGCAUUCUCUCCCUCUUGUUUUUAAUUUGAUCCCACCAUAAGACUCUCCAAGCGCCCCGUUGGACAACACAGUGUCAUUUUUGUUUGUGUUCGUUUGUUUUUUUUUUAACGCUGUCUCCCCUCCAUACUAAAGUACGAUAUGAAGGCUUCAUUUAAUCUCCGCAGUUCAUCUCAUUUCAAAUGUGUAUGGAAGAAGCACUUCAUUGAAAGCAGUGCUGUAAAUAUUCUGCCUUAGGAAUACUUCUGUCUACAUGCUUUCUCAUCCAAGAAUACUUCAUCACACCGCACAUGCUGCGUCUUAGACGGUGGGUGUUCCAUUUUUAUCCGCUACUCUUUAUUUCAUGGAGUCGUAUCAACGCUGUGAACGCAAGGC